CCCUAGCACCGGCACUGCCUAUGGGCCAGUCCAAGCCUGUGGGGAGCUGUUAUUGGGUGAGGUAACAUGUAACAGUAUGUUCGGGACGGCCAGAGAGAACACAUGAGGAUAUAAUUUAGUGAACCUCCCACUGUACUGCUGAAGCAUAGUAACUUAUCCUGUGAUGACGGGAGGAGGAGGAGGGGGCAGCAGCAGGAGCAGGAGAGAACAGAGAAGGGAGGAGUGUGUACUAUAACCAGAUUAUAGGAGUGCCUUCUGUGAGAAGCCGGGUUAUUCUGCCUGUCUGGUGCUAGCAGUCUGGAUGGAGCUACAUGGAAUGUACUACCACUGGGCAUCUCAGAUCCACUGACACACUCUGCAUGGCUUGUGGCAGCUGUCUCACACUCUGCAUUGUGCCAGGCUACAUCACACGCUCACUGUAAAGACAUGCACUCUGUGUCUGUCUGAAACGCACACACGGCUCUGUUAAUUUAUUAUUAUUAUUAUUAUUAUUAUUAUUAUUUUAUCUCGGUUCUCCUUGAUUUUCAAUGCAAGAAAGUACGUCCAUGAUGCUCGGACUGUGACUGAGGACACACACACUGGCUGGAGAAGGAGUGCAGCCGGGCAGCAUAUAGGCUCACACUCGCAGACAGUGAUUUGCUGGCCCUGGGCUACAGGCCUGGCACCACUGCUUACACCUGGCUCCCUCCCGGGCUCUGAGUCCUGAUCUCCCCCGCACGCAGCUCGGGGACUUGGCUUCAUGCACCAGCACAAUGUCCGGGAAGCAUUACAAGGGACCGGAGGUCAGCUGCUGCAUCAAGUAUUUUAUAUUCGCCUUCAAUGUCAUCUUCUGGUUCCUGGGGAUAGCCUUUCUUGGAGUUGGUCUUUGGGCAUGGAGUGAAAAGGGUGUGCUGUCCAACAUCUCCUCCAUCACUGACCUUGGGGGAUUUGAUCCUGUGUGGCUGUUUCUGGUAGUGGGAGGGGUGAUGUUCAUCCUGGGCUUCGCUGGGUGCAUUGGAGCUCUUCGGGAAAACACCUUCCUCCUGAAAUUUUUUUCUGUGUUCCUGGGAAUUAUUUUCUUCUUGGAACUCACAGCUGGUGUCCUGGCAUUUGUCUUUAAAGAUUGGAUUAAGGAUCAGCUAUAUAUCUUUAUCAACAGCAACAUCAAAGCAUAUAGAGACGACAUUGACCUGCAGAACCUCAUUGACUUCACACAAGAAUACUGGCAGUGCUGUGGGGCCUUUGGAGCCGAUGACUGGAACCUGAACAUUUACUUUAACUGCACAGAUGCCAAUGCUAGCCGUGAGAGAUGUGGAGUGCCGUUCUCCUGCUGCACUAAAGACCCUGCUGAAGAUGUCAUUAAUACUCAGUGUGGCUAUGAUGUCAGACAGAAGCCUGAACUAGAUCAGCAAGCGACCAUUCACACCAAGGGCUGUGUUCCACAGUUUGAGAAGUGGCUACAAGACAACCUAACCAUUGUGGCCGGGGUCUUCAUAGGCAUUGCCCUACUACAGAUAUUUGGCAUAUGCUUGGCUCAGAACUUGGUGAGUGACAUUGAAGCUGUCCGAGCCAGCUGGUAAAGCUACAGUAUUUGUGAGACACUGGAAGCCAAUCCUCAGCCUGGCAGUAUGUUAGCGUAGACCAGGCACAAAUGUUCAAGACCUUUUUUGAGCAAUGUAGAAGAAUUCCUGGGCAGAUUUUUCGGAACUAAUGGCACAAGCUCAUAGCAUGUUUCUCUUCUAUGCAAGAACGACUGCAGGUCCCUCAUACCGAGAAUUUAAUGUGAAAAUGGACAAUCCAGGAUUUUUUCUGUUUUUUUUUUUAUUGCAUGUAAAAGACGCAGCUUCAUUGUGAAAUCAUCUUUAUGCCACAGAACAGUGAAUUGUACAGUGUUCUCAGAUGCAGGGAAAACUACCAAGGUGAAUGCACAUGUUUUGGCAGACCCAUCAUUCUUCUACUGAUAGCACAACACUCAGAUGUAUUUGAUCAGCUUGUUAUGUUUAAAAUGACAUUUUGUAAAUAUUACACCAAAUGUUACAUUGUUCUUACUUGUACAGUAUAUGGUUUCAGUCUAGUUUAAUAGACUGUUAAGUGACAAAACACGGACGCAUUAUAAUAUGGACAAAGGCGGAUUUCUGGAAAGCCCAAGUACAACGUAUUUACAACAGUUUCCACAGUUCACAUUUGCUCAUCUUCGAAUUCUAUUUUUUCCUUUAAGUGUAAUGUUUCACCGAAGGAAAGAAUAAACCUAUGUAUUAUGUUGUACACAGCACCUGCAAUCACUUCUCUUUGAAAAUGUCUUCUAUGUAUUGAAACAAACAAACAAACAAACAAAAAAAAAUACUUAUUUGAUCUCCGUCAUGUUUGAGAGAAUUAAAGAAAAACAUUGAUUAUUA